UUGCUCUGUGUAAUACAAUUACAUUGUUCGUAGAUAGAAGAACAGUCCUGGAAUUGUUUUUAAAAUUCAAUCUAGUUAUAUUUUCGAAAGAAAGCUUACGUGUCAAAAGGCAGACUAUGUUAAAUUGUGCACAAUAACUAUUUUACAACACGUGUAUAGAGUAGUGCAAUGUUCAUUUUCGUUACCUACAAAGACCCCCCAGAACUAUCAACAUCACGUUCACGGCUUUCUGACGACGAAGACCUGUCAAUAGAGAAUGUGCUCUUAGUAAACCCAAAUUGCUACGUCAGGGUUAUGUUGGAAUUUAUUAGAAAAAGAUGCAGACUGGCUGCUACCACAGUAUUCGAUUUGUGCGAAGAAUCCGGAAACUUAAAAAAUUUAUUCAGUUACCCUACUUAUGCGUACGCGACGGAUAAGUUUGAGCAUAAGAAGACGUACUUCCUUAUUGUUUUAAAACAAGAGUCGGAGAAAAACGUAACGGUAAUACCUCAGCUGCAUCGCGAGAACAAACUUUGCACGGAACUGCAGACGAAAAUUUAUCGGCUCCUGUUGACUGGGGAACAGAGUAAUGUUACCACUACUGACGGAAAAGUUGCCAGUGCCAAGACAAAAGCUGGAAAAAAGAAAAAAGAAUGAUAGGUACCGAUACGUUUGAUGU